UCCCUGGCUGCCCUCCUGGGCAACGGCCUCAUCCUCAGCACCGUAGCCUGCGACCAGCACCUGCACACCCCCAGGGACUUCUUCCUGCUGCACCUCUCCCUCACAGACCUGGGCUGCAUCUGCACCACUGUGCCCAAAGCCAUGCACAACUCCCUCUGGGGCACCACAACCAUCUCCUACACAGCAUGUGCUGCUCAGGCCUUUUUCCUUGUAUUCUUCAUCUCAGCAGAAUUUUAUCUCCUCACCAUCAUGUGCUACGACCGCUACGUUGCCAUCUGCAAACCCCUGCACUACGGGACCCUCCUGGGCAGCAGAGCUUGUGCCCACAUGGCAGCAGCUGCCUGGGCCAUUGGGUUUCUCAAUGCUCUGCUGCUCACAUCCAAUACAUUUUCGCUGCCCCUGUGCCAGGGCAAUGCCCUGGGCCAGUUCUUCUGUGAAAUCCCUCAGAUCCUCAAGCUCUCCUGCUCACACUCAGGCUACUUCAGGGAGAUUGGGCUCAUUGGUGUUAGUUCCUGUUUUGCAUUUGGUUGUUUCAUUUUCAUAGUUUUCUCCUAUGUGCAGAUCUUCAGGGCUGUGCUGAGGAUCCCCUCUGAGCAGGGACAGCACAAAGCCUUUUCCACGUGCCUCCCUCACCUGGCCGUGGUCUCUGUGUUCCUCAGCACUGGCAUAUUUUCCUACCUGAAGCCCCCCUCCAUCUCCUCCCCAUCCCUGGAUCUGGUCCUGUCAGUUCUGUACUCAGUGUUGCCUCCAUCACUGAACCCCCUCAUCUACAGCCUGAGGAAUCAGGAGCUCAAGGAUGCCAUAAGGAAAAUGAUCACUAGAUGUUUUUUAGGAGAAAAAAACUGCCUCUUUUCUUCUGCAGAACACUCACUGUGUAAUAUAUUUUUGGCCCAGUCUGCCUUUUAA